AUGGAGCUGUAUGGAGAAGUUGAUGACUGUAGCUGUAAGGUUGACACUGUAGAUUAUUUUAAUAAUUAUAAAAUUCAUCCAAGAUUAGUUGAGUUAUUAGAAAAAAACUUUUUCAGAUUUUACAAAGUGAAUUUACACAGAGAGUGUCCAUUUUGGCCUGAUGAUGGCCAAUGUGCCUUCAAGGAUUGCUCAGUUCAUUCAUGUACACCUGAUGAGCUCCCUAAAGGUUUUAAACCAGAGAAUAAGUAUUCUGAAGAGGCCCAGCAAAGUGAUAGUGGAGCUUGUGAAUCAAAAACCAAUGAGGAGAUACAAUUGGGAGCCCUAGAUACCAGUCUGAGUGAAGAAAGUAAAGAGGCUUUUAAAUCUUGGAAAAGACAUGAUGACGAUCAAUUCAGCUUCUGUGAAAUGGAUGAUGAGUUUUCCACUCAAAUGGAGUAUGUGGACUUAUUGAUAAAUCCUGAACGCUAUACAGGGUAUAAAGGAGCUUCACCAAGACGAGUCUGGAAUAGUAUAUACAAUGAAAACUGCUUCAAACCCGAUCCAGACACACGAGAAUAUGAAGCUCUGUUAACAACAAGCAAUGUGAAAGGUAUGUGUUUAGAGAAGAGGGUGUUUUAUCGAAUGAUAUCUGGAUUACAUGCAAGCAUUAAUAUUCAUCUAGCAGCUAAAUACUUAAUACCAGAUGCAUGGGGUGGUACAAAAUGGGGUAUUAAUAUCAACGAAUUUCAGUCCCGGUUUGACCCUAAAAGCACCAAUGGAGAAGGACCACAGUGGUUGAGAAAUCUAUAUUUUACAUACUUAGUGGAACUACGUGCUAUUACUAAAAUUGCUCCACUCCUUGAAAAAGAGAAUUUUUACACAGGUGAUAAAGGGGCUGAUUUUGAGGUGAAAGUCAUGAUAUCAGAAUUACUAUCAACAAUGAAAGAGUUUCCUACACCAUUCAAUGAGAGUAAGAUGUUUCAAGGAGAUAAAAACCAAGCAUUGCAACUAAAAGAGGAAUUUCGUAGCCACUUCCGUAAUAUAUCCAGAAUAAUGGAUUGUGUUGGAUGUGAUAAGUGUAAACUAUGGGGAAAAUUGCAGACUCAAGGAAUGGGUACAGCAUUAAAAAUAUUAUUUUCUGGCAAUAUUUAUGACACAGUUACUGGUGAACCUGCAUUUUCAUUACGAAGAACAGAGAUAGUGUCUUUAUUUAAUGCAUUUGGAAGAUUAUCAAACAGUAUUAAACUUUUAGAAGAAAUACGAAACAUGACAAAGAGAUGAAAGGGUUUAUUUGUGAAGAUUAUAUGAUCAUAUCAUUUGUUAUCAGAUAAUGUGCAAUCAAUUAGUGUCACUGCUGUAAUCCAAAGCUGUUUUAUUUAAUAUUUACAAGGUGAAUGAAGAUUCGGUUUAACCAAUGUCGCACAUGUUGAAAAACAAAAGGCUAGAUCGCUUUGUUAAUAUAUUCCUUUUCAGUGGGAUAAACCUGUGUUCAUAUAUUGCAGUGGCAUUCACAUCUAUUCAUGCCCUUACCAUGGGGUUAAACCGUUAGAGACCAUAUUUAUGUAUGAUUGUGGAAUUCAGGGUCAAGAUCAGCCCUCUGACUGUAAGCCCAGCUUCACCGGGUUAAUCCUUUUACAUGUAUUUCAACUGUUGGUUUAAUUAACUCUUAAGUCGAACCCAGCGUUUUGCUACAUGU